GUGAAGCAUGAGGAAAGAAAGAGAUGCCUUGUGUGUGAAGUUAGUCGGCUAACGUUAACUUCUAUCAUCUUUGAGCAAGUUAAAGCAGGGAUUUGCUGAAGAAAGCAUAACUGUGCGAUAUCGACCGAAAUUAGUCCUCCUGGACUAACUCGUCACUUUCUCUGAGAACAGGAACAAAGUGUCAGCCAGGAUGGAUCCGGCUCUGCUGAGGGAGAGGGAGCUGUUCAAGAAAAGAGCUCUGUCCACUCCAGCUGUCGAGAAGAGACAGGCUGCCUCAGACUCAGGAUCACACAAGAAAAAGAAGCCCAAAGUUGACAAGGAGAGCUCCUCUGGGUCCAAACACAGCGCUGAGUCGAGUAAUGGCAACUUCAACAUCAAGGCAAGCUCUGGGUACAAGUUUGGCUGCCUAGCAAAGAUAGUCAAUUAUAUGAAGACAAGGCAUCAGAAUGGUGAUACGCACUUCUUAACCCUGGAGGAGAUUCUGGAUGAGACCAAACUUCUUGACAUCAGCAUGAAACAGAAACAGUGGCUCAUGACUGAGGCCUUGGUCAACAACCCGAAAAUUGACAUCCGGGAUGGGACGUAUGGCUUCAAGCCCAAGUACAACCUGAAGGAUAAGAAAGCCUUACUGAGGCUGCUGGACAAACACGACCAGCUGGGCCUGGGAGGAGUGCUGCUGGACGACGUGGAGGAGGGGCUGCCCAACUCAGCCAAGGCCAUCAAGGCUCUGGGGGAUCAGAUCAUCUUCGUGACAAGACCAGAUAAGAAGAAGAUCCUAUUCUACAACGACAAACACUGCCAGUUUAUCGUAGACGAAGAAUUCCAGAAACUGUGGAGGAGCGUUCCGGUUGAUUCCAUGGAUGAAGAGAAGAUUGAGGAGUACCUGAAGAAGCAAGGCAUCUCCUCCAUGCAGGAAACAGGACCAAAGAAAGUGUUACCCGUUCAAAAGAGGAAGAAGCAAGGUGGGCAGAGGAAGAGACACUUCAAGACCCACAACAACCAUUUGGCAGGUGUCCUGGAGGACUACUCAGAUGGUGUGCCAGUUAAGAAGUGAAAUCGUUCCCCUCACUGCUUCAUGCCCUCAGAGGAGUGAUGCAGAAUCUGUAAAUCAGAAACGGCGGGAGAUGGAGACCCUGGCCACACUACAAUACAAAGACUUUUUCACGGCAAGCAAAUUAGCUUCUAUUCCUUUCUUUGUACUCUUCUCAGUGAUCUUGUAUUUCAUGGAGUGAACAGAACUGCGUCAAGGAAUCCUUGCUAGUUUAUUGAUCAGUGGUAACUGAGGGACAUUGGAGGAAAAGAGCACUAAGACCAUUAAGAACACCAUAUGGCGCUACAGCCUUGCUGUUAAAAUGUAAAUGAGGUUUAAGUGUGUAAAUAUGUUUUUCUUCAUUUUAUUUAGAGUAUUGCAAAGAGGUGCGCAUGUAUGUGUAUGUGGAAGGUUCUACUUGAAAGGGCAUCCUUCCAUCCUUUCAAUAGAAAUUGCUGAAGACAGGCUUGUGUUGUGCAGUGCAUCACAUUGAGGUCUCUCAUCCAGCAUGAAACAUCUUCGACAUCACUUCUCGUGGAAUUUCUAAUUAUUUAAAUUCUUUGACUUUACAGCGCCAUGGCAUAGUGGUUUAAAAAUACAAAAACUUUUUGAACUUAUUUUAAUAAAGGACACUGUUACAGGA